CUGACGCAGCGCGCCGGGGGCGGAGCGGAAGUGAGGAGGAGGAGGCGGCGGAAGUGGCUGCCGGUGUGCGGACAAGAUGAAUCCAAGAGGUGUUUCUUCUUUGUUGAAGGAUACUAUCCCAAUUACUGACUUUUCACCUUCAGGACUAUUUGAAGGUCAUGACCUUCUGCGUAGAGGCUUUACAAGUGUGAAAAAUGAAUUGUUGCCCAGCCACCCAUUAGAGUUGUCAGAAAAAAAUUACCAGCUAAAUCAAGAUAAGACAAACUUUGACACGCUGAGAAAUAUUCAAGGACUCCAUGCACCUUUAAAGCUGCAGAUGGAAUUCCGAGCAGUGAAACAGGUCCAGCGUCUCCCAUUUCUUCACAGCUCAAACAUGGCACUGGAUACUCUGAGGGGAAAUGAUGAAUGCAUCAGUUUUGAGGAUAUCCUUAAUGAUCCUUCACAGAGUGAGGUUAUGGGAGAACCACACAUGAUGAUGGAAUACAAGCUUGGUUUAUUGUAACAAAAUGUACUCCACCAAAAUGUUUUGUGCGUGUCUUUCUAGUGCAGAUCUACAUCCAUGAUACUGAAUUGACACUCACAGCAUUAAGCAGUCCUACAGUUAUCAUUUGCCUUCCUUGAUGAAAAGGCACAUUAAAUGUUUAAAGUCUAUAAAUUGUUCUGUGCUUGUUGUCAAUUAUAUAAAUGUCCUGUAACUAGGUAGUUUAAAUAAGGUCUCUUUAUACACUGCUCAGGAUAAUAGCUUCUUAACUAUGGAAUACUAUAUAUGUAUACACAAAAUCCCAAAAUACCCAUGCAUUUUAAAACUGAUUACUGUAGGAAAAUGCAUUUAAUGGAUGUUCUUGCAGAAGAACUUUUUAAGGGGGAAAAGAAGGUAUUUUCCUUUGAGUAACUUUGUUCAUGAAAACUUCCAUACACUUUUUAAACUAUUGAAUAAAAGUUUGCUACAAAUGCUGUUGUGUUCCAAAAUAUAUUUAAUUGUAAAUCAAGAAUCUCUUAUCCACAACACAAACAGUGUUGUUCCUUUUUCUUGCAGUAUUUUUAAAGAUCUUUAACUUCUGCCCUACCAGUGGAAUCCUGCUGCAUACAUUUUAUCCCCCCCGUUGACAGUUGUUCAUGGGUGAGGCAUUAAGCUUUUGUUUAUAAUUGGAAGUAUUGAUGUAAGAAGGGAGUUAAAGGUCUCGAUUUUUUCAUCUGUGUCCCUGAGACGAUAUCCUGGUUUCUGAAAGUAGAAGCAAGUACCAUUUGGAGUUUAAAGAGGUGUUUUAAAAUCCAUAAACGUAAUCCAAAUGAGCCCUCCUAGAUCUAGGUAUUUUAGUACUUGGAGACUAAGAAAGAAUGCAGUGCCUAAUUAUGACAGUACCUAAUAAAGCUGCUGCAGUGAGAACAUGAAGAUACAGUGGUACUAGAUGACAAAUACUGAAAUAAUUUUUUGUGGGUUUAGCAGAAUCAGAUCUUAGUUAAGGGAGGACAAGAGAUCUAUAGCUAAAUAUACCUUUUAAAGCAGCAGGCCGCUCUAAGGUUUUUUUUGUGUGUGUGUGUUAUUAAGUUCAGGGUUGUAACAACUAUUUUCUGAUUUCAUACAUGUGCAUGUGUCAUGUAAAUCCUGCAAGGCAGCUAAUAUGAUGUGGCAUAUUAGGAGGGAAAAAAAAGUUCAAAAGAUGUCAUCUCUUGUUGUAUGUGGGGAGCUUGAAACAAUGUUUCUAAGACAGAAACUGUCUUUAUUCAGCAGGUUUUCAUGACUUGGUUAAACCGCUAAGUGCACUCAGUGUUCUGUUGCAGAUAAUUUUAGCAGAAAUGUUGCUAUAAACCUCUUCUCACAAUCCCAAACAUCUCCAAUAUGCUUAAAUCUGCCACAAAUUCCCUACCCAUGUGGGCGAAAGCCUCUAGCUUCCGUCCUGUAAAUUUUACAGUGCUUUCAUGUACAUCUGUUGCAAAACACAGCAGCAAAUUAAAAACAUUGAGAUGACACUGUA